AUGGGCUCGAGCGACGUACCGCCCUCCAGCACGCCGCCUUGGCUGACUGACGCUGCGAAUGGAUGCCUCGGCACCGGCGUGUUCUUCUGGCUCGUCGCGUACGUCCUCAUGGUGCAUCGCGCCCACGCGACGCGAGCGACGCCCCUUGAACAUCUCGGUUUCAUGCUCUGGCUUCUAUUCGACAUUCCCGUCCUGCUUGUCACGGCAAAGUACGCGUCGGCCAGCUUCGCGUCACAGCCCAUGGUGGCGCGCAAUGUCUUUAGGAUUGUGGGCCUCACGUUCGUCGUGGGCGCCGCGUCCUUCGCGUACUUUGCGUACUGGUGGUUGGCCGAGCCGCAUCGCGGCUACGGCAUCAAAUGGGGCAAGACCUGGAAGGAGCUCGAAGCGCGAGACACGACCGAAUUGAGCUACUGGACCGCAGGCGUGGCGCAAAUGCUGUUCAGCGUAGGCGCAUUGUCCAUGGUUGUCCAGCGAGGGCACUCUGGUGGCCAAAGCUACGCGAUAUGGGCUGUAGACCCUGGGGGCUGA